AUGCAUUCUAUAAUUAAAUCAAUUAUAAAAUUUAAAAAUAAAAGAAAUCAAUCAAAAAAUGAACAAAUAAAUCAUUCAAAAAAUCAAUUAAAUUAUUCAAUAAAUAAUAAUGAAAUAAAUGAAUUAGAAAAAAUAAAAGAAUAUCAUAAUAUAAAAACAAUACGAAAAUCAAUAAUAAAUGUAUUACAUAAUAAUAAGCAAUCAUCAAAUGAAAACUAUAAAAAUCAAUAUAAUAAUAAUAAUAAUCAUAAUAAUAAUCGAUUAUCUAAUGAUAAAGAUGAUCAUAUAGAUCUAUUAGAUAAUCAUCAAAUUAAUGAUCAAAUUAUGAUGUCAUCAAAAUUAAUUGAAAGUCUUCCUAAUUAUGAAGAUUUAUGUCAUAAUAAUAAUGAUGAUAUGGAUGGUUAUCAACAAUAUAAACAAACUAUACAACAAAUUAAUUCUAUAUUAUCAAAUCCAUUAUUAAUAAAUCAAAAUUAUACAGAAGAAGAAUUGAAUAAUGAACUUGAAAAAUUACUCCAAAAAGUUUAA